CAGAUCCUCAUGUAAUACAUAUUUACUUUUGGUUAAUACCGGAAGACACUAUAUAAUUUAUUAGAAGCUAGUAUGGAGUGCAAGAAACGUUUACUGAGGCCUAAGAGUAUCCAAUUGAUUGCCACAUAUGUCGGCUUUAUUCUAUACUUGGCAUGUUUUGCUACACCUGCAUGGAUUGUGUAUUCUGAUGGUAUCGUAAAGAGAACAUCAGGCCUCUUCCAAAUUUGUCUGGAAAAUGGUCAGAAUGACUGUAGUGCUUUGGUAGCAAAAGAUAACAUGCUUAGGACAACACAACCUUUAGGAUGUCUUGGCUUAGUAGCUUACUUUUGUUUCUGUGUAUCUGCUACACUUGCACAUUUCGGUUCAGACAAAUGGAAGAUGUUGAAAGGAAUCAAAUUUCUAGCCUUUAUCAGUGCCUUAUCAGCUGGAACAUUUGUUGCAAUAGCCCAUCUCUUGAUCCUUCAGAGCAAGGUAGAAUACAAUUCAAGCCUGGGAUACAGUGGUAUUAUUGGAGUGAUUUCUGUUUUCAUAGCGCUUAUUCUCUGUCCGUUUUAUAUAUUGGAUGGAAUGAAAGCUAAAGGUCUGACUAUCAAAAAGAAACCUUUCUCACCUAACAUCCCACCACAAUCCUAUCAGCACGAGGAUACAUUUGCCUGGUCGGACGGAAUGAAAGCUAAUGACCGGACUAUGAAAAAUAAACAUUUCUCAGCUAACAUUCCACCACAAUCAUAUCGCCACGAGGACUCGUUUGCCUGGUCGGAAACUAAAUUCUGUGAACCCGUAAGACAUUGUGAACCUAGCGAGCCUAGUGUCAAUGAAACUAUUGAAGAAGAAUCAAGUACAUCGCCUAAACUUCUUCCAUACAAACCAACCCCGAUUCUGAAGGAACCUACAUUGAUUGAUUUAGAACUGGAUGCCGACGAUUCAAUAGAUGAACUAGAAAAAGACGAGGAAUUGGAUGAUAUUAACCUAAAACCUUCUCGUACUCUAGUCCCUCUUAAAUCUGCAACAUCUUUAUACUUUACCAAUAAAGGCUUUACUCCUGACUUUGAUGAUGACUUUUAUGAGUUACUGUCAGCAGAUCCAUAUCGAUAUUUACAACCAGUUACACCACUGCCGGAAAAUCUGACCGAAACACCCCAAACCCCCGUCCUGCCAUAUGUUCAGGAAACAGAAAUGGAAGACAAAGGACUUGAGUCUCCGGAUCUUACAUGCCCGACUCAUGAAGCUAUAACAUCCGAAAAUACCACUGAUUGUGAAGCGCCACCUACUCCCGUUCCGCCAUUCAUACAGGAUUGUGAAUUUAAGGACGAUGAACUAUGUUCAUUAGGUCGUUCAGCAUGUUCGACACCUAUAUCUGUAACAUCCGAUAAGCAUGACCUAUCAGUUUAUGAAAGCGAAAAUGAAGACGAUUCAUUAACAACAAGCGAAGAAAACAGUGAAAAAGGGGAGACAACAAGAAAUAUGGACAAAAACAAGAAUGAUUUCAACAACGAGCAAAAUCAUGAAAAUUCUAUUUAUUUUGAAGAUAAGGAGGGCGAUGUUGAGGAUAUUACUUCAGAUAAACAACCUCCGCGAAAAGCUCUGCCUGUACCAACUUUAGAUUUAAUACAGCUUUAUCGAGAUGAAAAUUCAGAUACAGAAGAUUUUUAAAGAUACAUUGUUUUAAGUAUAAAAACGAAUUGUAUAAAUAAAAUUAGACAACUAAGUAGUUUAACCAGUUCAAACUCAUUUGAAAGACGUCAAUUCAUUAAUUUUGAUUGAAACUUCAGGUUUGAGAAUAUUUUAACCAAAGUAUAUGUUAGAUAAAUGCAGAGUAUGUUUUGUAUGAUACCUGUUUUCUUUUGAUUUUGGACUUAAUUCUAUCAGCUAUUGUACUGUUAUUCAUAAUUUCCGAGACAUUUUGCUCCUAUUGAUAUGACUUUUUAAAACAAAAAUAAUUCACAUGAUAGAAACAGAAAGUAACAACAUAAUUUCGGAAAUACGGAUCAAUUUUCUUAUCUUACGCAUCGAAUUUCUACUCUUUUUUGUUUAUUAAAGUGGCAAUCUUAA